AUGGAACGAUUCGAAAAUUUCCAAAGACUGCUGUGUGGGACUCGCACUUUCCCAUGUAUCUUGCUUUUGAAUCCAAAGGAUGAGCACCUCCCAUUCGAUGAGAUGGUCGAAAAGACUGCAACUCUAACGUGGCUGGAAGAUGCCCUAGAUGAGAUGAGUCUUGGACUUGACGAUGUAAUCAUCAUGGAUUUAUUUCCAAUGUUGACCAACGAAUGGUUGGAUGAACACCCUGACAAGCGCGAUCAAGUUAUCCCCGAAAUGUUCGAGUUGAUCCUGGACUUUAUUCGAGAGUUCAAGCCACCUACCAUCCUUUCUUGUCAAUGCUUUCGCCCUUUCCCUUUCCAGCAUAAGCACUGGGGUUCAUUCCGCCAUGCUAUGCUUCCGAAACUAUGCUCAACGAUGGAGAGUGCCGAGUACCAAAAAGUGAGCGGCUUCCGCUUCGAGAGACAUUUUAUACAUUGUGGUUUCACCCUUCCAAGUUGUAUUAUGUGA